UAUUUCUUUGAUUCAUCUUGCUUUUGUACAUCAUGUAUUUCAGAGGAGUCGGAGGUGCAAUACUAAUCCUGAUGCUCGGCGCGACCAUCUACGAGUACAGAAUACAAUCAAAUGUUAACGACGUGGAAUCAUCCAGCGUGUCGAAUAACAACGAGAGGCUCAACAAUUUUCCCAACAAAAAUCUGAACCAAGAUCGGGAAGCGAUCCAAGAGAACGGGGAGGAGCUGAUCGAGAAGGAGAAGAACUUGCAAAAAGAACUGCCCGAUCAUUCUGAAAAGGAAAGCAAGAAAGGCUUCUUGCUAAUGUGUCUGGCAGCCUUUAAUCCCAUCGCGAACGGCAGCAAAAUUAUCAGCACCGAACCCGCCGCGACAGAUAGCCUGACUUGUCUACAUGGGUUACGAGUGUUUUCAUUGGGAUGGGUGGUCAUGGUGCACACCUAUCUUCAAGUCUUUUCCAUUGCUGAAAAUAAAACCUUGCGAUUGGUGACAGAACGAAAUUUUAUGUUCCAAACGAUUAGCAACGCCACCUUCUCCGUAGACACAUUUUUCUUCAUCAGCGGCUUGUUAGUUACGAUUCUCUUUUAUCGAUCUUCUGGAAGCUUGAAGAACGAUAAAGGCAUUUUUUGGAGGACAUGCUUCACCAAAUUUAUCAUCAUGAUCCUCUACAGAUUUAUCAGAUUGACACCGGCGUAUCUUUUUGUCCUGGGAAUAAACGAGAUCGCUAUCAAGUAUGUGUUAUCAAGAACGGUGUUCUCACCAGUGGUCAUCGAUCAUCUGACGUGUGAGAAGUUCUGGUGGAGAAACGCGCUGUACAUCAACUCGCUUUAUCCUCGCACCGAAAUGUGUAUGCUGUGGAGCUGGUACAUGGCGAACGAUACACAGUUUUACGUUCUCGGUAUACUAUUGCUUCUCUUAUCGAUCAAAUAUUUGAAGACCGUCAUCGUUGUGAUUUUCUUAUUGAUCGUCUCUUCAUGGUUUACUACCUUCUCCGUCGCUUACGCCAACGAUUAUGUUGCCAGAAUCCAAGAGCCAUUUGCACUUUUCGACGAACUGUACGAUAAACCUUGGCUAAGAGCUGGACCCUACUUCGUCGGCAUUAUCACUGGUUACAUUCUGUUCAAAACAAACUGCAAACUGAAAUUGCCUCUGAUCGCACGAACGAUCGGCUGGAUGUUAUCAACUGCCAUAAUGUUCUCGGUAGUUUACGGUUUAUAUCCCGGAAAUUUAACCGUGCCGAUAAGUUCCGCGUAUGCCGCCUUAGGACACACCGCCUGGGCGAUUGGUGUAUCCUUCAUCGUGAUUCAAUGCUGCACCGGGUACGCUAGAAUGAUCGACAGUCUGUUGUCGCUCAGACUGAUAUAUCCGCUGUCGAGGUUGACUUACUGCGCGUAUUUGGUGCAUCCUGUCAUCAUGGUGCUUACUAUUAACAAAAUGGAUGGCUCGUUACACCUUCACAACAACAUUGUGCUGAUUCUCUACUUCGGAAAUCUGGUUGCCUCCUACUUGGUGUCAUUCUGCAUUUCCAUCGCGUUCGAAGCACCCAUCGUCAAUCUGCUCAAGAUCGCUUUUAUAUCGAAGAGGAGGAUAAGGUAGAGAACGACGUGGUGUAUCGUGCGAUCGACAGGUAAAAUCGUAGUCUUCCGACGAAGGGAAAAUUGUCCCCGACUCUCUGGUUGAUAUUUUCGGAAUGAAGAUACAAGCCGCUUCCGUGGAUCUGCUUCACUUGACACGUUACACACAACGGCGUGAUUUUAUAAUUUAGACGACGCAAUGUCGAUAUAAUUUCAUCGUACUUCAAAGAAAUAUUUUCGCGAAGCCGUUUUCAUAAAGUAUAAAACAAAGACAAGUACAACGCUGAAUAUAUCAAAUAUAUUUCUUGUUGAACGCUCAAUUGGAAAGCAUAUUCAAUUUAUAUUCCCGCUGAAUGAAAAAAAGAAGACAACAGUUUAACAUGCAUUUGACUCUUGUCAAAAAGUGUUUUCAUUAAAUACUCCUGAAACGAA